UUGGGGGCUGCUGCCAAAAUCCAUCCUCCUCCUCCUCCAAGGGCAGCAGGGAGCCUGCAGCUGGACAAAGCUCUUGGGGGACUCUCAGAACUGGGGCCAGCAUGGGGGAUUUGUGGCUGGCCAGGCUCCUGCUGGGCUGCACGGCCGUGCUGGCGGUGGCACCGGCCCGGGGACAGUACGAGGGGGACUUGCAGACAGACAGAUUUGCAGCCUACGAGGAGAGACCCCCGAACAGAGUGAGGAGAAGGGGCCAGGACUCGCUGCGAGGCCCAAAUGUCUGCGGCUCGAGGUUCCAUUCCUACUGCUGUCCCGGCUGGAAAACUCUGCCUGGAGGGAACCAGUGCAUUGUCCCAAUCUGCAGGAAUUCCUGCGGGGAUGGAUUCUGCUCCCGGCCCAACAUGUGCACCUGCUCCAAUGGACAGCUCUCCCCCAACUGCGGCUCAGCUGGAGUGCAGAGCUGCAGCGUGCGCUGCAUGAACGGGGGCAGCUGCUCCGAGGAGUCCUGCCUGUGCCAGAAGGGAUUCACGGGCACCUACUGCGGGCAGCCUGUGUGUGAGAACGGCUGCCAGAACGGGGGCAGGUGCAUCGGCCCCAACCGCUGCGCUUGUGUCUACGGCUUCACCGGGCCCCAGUGUGAGAGAGAUUACCGCACGGGGCCCUGCUUCAGCCAGGUGAACAACCAGAUGUGCCAGGGCCAGCUGAGCGGCAUCGUGUGCACCAAGACCAUGUGCUGUGCCACCAUCGGCCGCGCCUGGGGCCACCCCUGCGAGAUGUGCCCGGCCCAGCCCCACCCCUGCCGCCGCGGCUUCAUCCCAAACAUCCGCACCGGAGCCUGCCAGGAUGUGGAUGAGUGCCAGGCCAUCCCUGGCCUCUGCCAAGGUGGGAAUUGCAUCAACACCGUGGGAUCCUACGAGUGCAAGUGCCCUGCAGGGCACAAGCAGAGCGAGACCAGCCACAGGUGUGAAGACGUGGAUGAGUGCGGGGCCAUCCCCGGCGUGUGCGACGGCGGCGACUGCACCAACACCGUGGGCAGCUACGUGUGCUCCUGCCCCCGCGGCUUCGUCAGCAGCCCCGACGGAUCCCGCUGCCUCGACCAGCGCCUGGGCACGUGUUUCUCGGCGCUGCUGGGUGGCCGCUGUGCCGGGGACGUUCCGGGCCAGGCCAGCAGGAUGCAGUGCUGCUGUGACUCGGGGCGCUGCUGGGCCAUCGGCCAGACCCCCGAGAUGUGCCCCGUGCGGGGCUCGGACGAGUACCGCAGGCUCUGCAUCGAGGGGCUCCCGGUCGUGCCAGGCUUCCCCGGGAACUUCCCAGCAAUUCCCGGAUUCAGGCCCAACGGAGUCGGGCCGGGACUCAACGGGCCCGGAGGCAUCGGCCCGAACGGGGCGAACGGACAGGGCGGGAUCCCGGGGCUGCCCGGGAUGGGCCCGGGGAGCUCCAGCAUCGGAACGGCCACGCUGAACCAGACCAUCGACAUCUGCAAACACUUCACCAACCUGUGCCUGAACGGGCGCUGCAUCCCCACCCCGUCCAGCUACCGCUGCGAGUGCAACAUGGGCUACAAGCAGGACGUCAGAGGGGAGUGCAUCGAUGUGGACGAGUGCUCGAGCAGCCCCUGCGUCCACGGCGACUGCGUCAACACCCCGGGCUCCUACCACUGCAAGUGCCACGAGGGCUUCCAGAGCACCCCCACCAAGCAGGCCUGCAUUGACAUUGACGAGUGCAUCAUGAACGGGGUGAUGUGCAGGAACGGGCGCUGCGUCAACACCGACGGCAGCUUCCAGUGCAUCUGCAACGCCGGCUUUGAGAUCACCCCCGACGGCAAGAACUGCGUUGACCACGACGAGUGUGCCACCACCAACAUGUGCCUCAACGGGAUGUGCAUCAACGAGGACGGGAGCUUCAAGUGCAUCUGCAAGCCCGGCUUUGUCCUGGCCCCCAACGGGCGCUACUGCGUGGACAUCGACGAGUGCGAGACGCCGGGGAUCUGCAUGAACGGCUGGUGCAUCAACACCGAGGGCUCCUUCCGCUGCGAGUGCCUGGGGGGCCUGGCCAUCGGCGUGGACGGCCGGGUCUGCGUGGACACCCACAUGCGCAGCACCUGCUACGGGGGCAUCAAAAAGGGCACCUGUGCCCGCCCCUUCCCCGGCGCCGUCACCAAAUCCGAGUGCUGCUGCGCCAACCCCGACCACGGCUUCGGGGAGCCCUGCCAGCCCUGCCCGGCCAAGAACUCCGCGGAAUUCCAGGCUCUCUGCAGCAGCGGCAUCGGGAUCACGGCUGAUGGCAGAGACAUCAACGAGUGUGCCCUGAACCCCGACAUCUGCCCCAACGGGAUGUGUGAGAACCUGCGGGGGAGCUACCGCUGCAUCUGCAACCUGGGCUACGAGUCCGACCCCACGGGCAAGAACUGCGUGGAUGUGGACGAGUGCAGCGUCAACCGGCUGCUGUGUGACAACGGGCUGUGCAGGAACACCCCUGGCAGCUACACCUGCACCUGCCCCAAGGGCUUCGUGUUCCGCACCGAGACCGACACCUGCGAAGACAUCAACGAGUGCACGUCCAACCCGUGUGUGAACGGGCUGUGCCGGAACAACGCCGGCUCCUUCGCCUGCGAGUGCUCCCCGGGCAGCAAGCUGGACCCCAGUGGCACCAUCUGUGUGGACAGCAUGAAGGGCACCUGCUGGCUCAACAUCCAGGACGGGCGCUGCGAGGUCAACAUCAACGGGGCCACGCUGAAAUCCGAGUGCUGUGCCACCCUGGGGGCAGCCUGGGGCAGCCCCUGCGAGCGCUGCGAGAUCGACACCGCCUGUCCCCGGGGGUACGCCCGCAUGAAGGGGGUCACCUGUGAAGAUGUGAACGAGUGCGAGGUGUUCCCGGGCGUGUGCCCCAAUGGGCGCUGCGUGAACUCGGCCGGCUCCUUCCGCUGCGAGUGCCCCGAGGGGCUGACCCUGGAUGGCACUGCCAGGACCUGUGUGGACGUGCGGGUGGAGCAGUGCUACAUGCGCUGGGACGAGGACGAGUGCACGGAGCCGCUGCCCGGCAAGUUCCGCAUGGACAUGUGCUGCUGCUCCGUGGGCUCGGCCUGGGGCUCCGACUGCGAGGAGUGUCCCCGCGCCGGCUCCGCCGAGUACAAGGCGCUGUGUCCCCGCGGGCCCGGCUUCGCCAACCGCGGCGACGUGCUCUCGGGACGGCCCUUCUACAAAGAUGUGAACGAGUGCAAGGUGUUCUCCGGGCUGUGCACCCACGGCACCUGCAGGAACACCAUCGGCAGCUUCAGGUGCAUCUGCGGCAAUGGCUUUGCUCUGGAUGCUGAGGAGAGGAACUGCACAGACAUCGACGAGUGCCGCAUCUCCCCCGACCUGUGUGGCCACGGCUCCUGCGUGAACACCCCGGGCAGCUUCGAGUGCGAGUGCUUCGAGGGCUAUGAGAGCGGCUUCAUGAUGAUGAAGAACUGCAUGGACAUCAACGAGUGCGAGCGGGACCCGCUGCUGUGCCGGGGCGGGAUCUGCAUGAACACCGACGGCAGCUUCGAGUGCAUCUGCCCCCCUGGGCACGAGCUGACAGCUGAGGGCAACACCUGCAUUGACAUCAACGAGUGCUCCCUCAGUGACAACCUCUGUCGCAACGGGCGCUGCGUCAACGUCAUCGGCACCUACCAGUGCUCCUGCGACUCGGGCUUCCAGGCCACGCCGGACAGGCAGGGCUGUGUCGACAUCGACGAGUGCACCAUCACCAACGGGGGCUGUGACACCCACUGCUCCAACUCCGAGGGCAGCUACGAGUGCAGCUGCAGUGAAGGCUACGCCCUGAUGCCAGACAAGAGGUCCUGUGCAGAUAUUGAUGAGUGUGAGGAUAACCCCGACAUCUGUGACGGGGGGCAGUGCACCAACAUCCCCGGGGAGUACCGCUGCCUCUGCUUCGACGGCUUCAUGGCAUCCCUGGACAUGAAGACCUGCAUUGAUGUGAACGAGUGCGACCUCAACCCCAACAUCUGCCUGCACGGCGAGUGUGAGAACACCAAGGGCUCCUUCAUCUGCCACUGCCAGCUGGGCUACUUCGUCAAGAAGGGAACCACGGGCUGCACAGACAUCGAUGAGUGUGAGAUUGGGGCCCACAACUGUGACAUGCACGCGUCCUGCAUCAACGUCCCCGGCAGCUUCAAGUGCAAGUGUCGCUCGGGCUGGCUCGGGGACGGGCUCAAGUGCAAUGACCUGGAUGAGUGUGCGACUGAGGAGCACAAGUGCAACCUGAACGCCAACUGUGUGAACACGCCCGGCUCCUACCGCUGCGCCUGCCGCGACGGCUUCAACGGCGACGGCUUCUCCUGCUCAGACGUGGAUGAGUGCGCAGACAACGUGAACCUGUGCGAGAACGGGCAGUGCCUCAACGCCCCCGGCGGGUACCGCUGCGAGUGCGAGAUGGGCUUCAACCCCACCGAGGACAGCAAGGCCUGCCAGGACAUUGAUGAGUGCACCUUCCAGAACAUCUGUGUCUUUGGCACCUGCCAGAACCUGCCGGGGAUGUUCCGCUGUGCCUGCGACGAUGGAUAUGAGCUGGACAGGAGCGGGGGCAACUGCACAGACAUCAACGAGUGUGCAGACCCUGUGAACUGCAUCAACGGGCUCUGUGUCAACACCCCUGGCAGCUACCUGUGCAACUGCCCCCAGGACUUCGAGCUGAACCCCACGGGGGUGGGCUGUGUGGAUACCCGGGUUGGGAAUUGCUUCCUGGACACCCAGGACCGAGGGGAUGGGGGCAUCUCCUGCAGUGCUGAGAUCGGCGUGGGGGUCACUCGGGCCUCCUGCUGCUGCUCCCUGGGCCGUGCCUGGGGCAAUCCCUGCGAGCUCUGUCCUCCAGCCAACACCACCGAGUACAAGACCUUGUGCCCUGGGGGAGAAGGGUUCCGGCCCAACCCCAUCACUGUCAUCCUGGAGGACAUUGACGAGUGCCAGGAGCUGCCAGGGCUGUGCCAGGGUGGGAACUGCGUCAACACCUUUGGCAGCUUCCAGUGCGAGUGUCCCCUGGGCUACUACCUCAACGAGGACACCCGGAUCUGCGAGGAUAUUGAUGAGUGCUCUGCCCACAUCGGGAUCUGUGGCCCUGGCACCUGCUACAACACCCUGGGCAACUACACCUGCGUGUGCCCCCCCGAGUACAUGCAGGUCAACGGGGGAAACAACUGCAUGGACAUGAGGAAGAGCGUUUGCUACCGCAACUACAACGACACCUGCGAGAACGAGCUGUCCUUCAACAUGACCAAGAAGAUGUGCUGCUGCUCCUACAACAUUGGCAAGGCCUGGAACAAACCCUGCGAGCCCUGUCCCACCCCUGCCAGCCCCGAGUACCAGAUCCUGUGUGGGAACCAAGCCCCCGGAUUUAUCAUUGACAUCCACACAGGGAAGCCCAUUGAUAUCGACGAGUGCAGCGAGAUCCCAGCCAUCUGCACCAACGGCGUCUGCAUCAACCAGAUCGGGAGCUUCCGCUGCGAGUGCCCCAUCGGCUUCAGCUACAACAACAUCCUGCUCAUCUGCGAAGACAUCGACGAGUGCAGCAGCGGGGAGACGCUGUGCCAGCGGCACGCCGAGUGCGUCAACAUCCCGGGCAGCUUCCGCUGCGAGUGCGCCACCGGAUACCGCCUGUCCCCGGGGGGCGCCUGCGUGGGUCGCAACGAGUGCCAGGAGAUCCCCAACGUGUGCAGCCACGGGGACUGCGUGGACACCGAGGGCAGCUACGUCUGCAUCUGCCACAACGGCUUCAAGGCCACCGGGGAGCAGACCAUGUGCAUGGACAUCGACGAGUGUGACCGGCAGCCCUGCGGCAACGGGACCUGCAAGAACACCGUGGGCUCCUACAACUGCCUGUGCUUCCCGGGCUUCGAGCUCACCCACAACAACGACUGCAUGGACGUGGACGAGUGCUCGUCCCUGGUGGGGCAGGUGUGCAGGAACGGGCAGUGCAUCAACAGCGUGGGCUCCUUCCAGUGCCUGUGCCAGGAGGGCUACGACCGCACCCCCGACGGCAAGAACUGUGUGGACAUCAACGAGUGCGUGAGCCUGCCCGGGACCUGCUCCCCGGGCACCUGCCAGAACCUGGAGGGCUCCUUCCGCUGCAUCUGCCCCCCUGGCUACGAGGUGCAGAACGACAACUGCAUCGACAUCAACGAGUGCGAAGAGGAGCCCAACAUCUGCCUCUUUGGGACGUGCACCAACACCCCCGGCAGCUUCCAGUGCGUGUGUCCCCCGGGCUUCGUGCUGUCCGACAACGGCCGCCGCUGCUUCGACACUCGCCAGAGCUUCUGCUUCACUCGCUUCGACAACGGGAAGUGCUCUGUGCCCAAGGCCUUCAACACCACCAAGGCUCGGUGCUGCUGCAGCAAAAUGCCCGGGGAGGGAUGGGGAGACCCCUGCGAGCUGUGCCCGCAGGAGGGGAACGUUGCCUUCCAGGAGCUGUGUCCGUACGGCCACGGGGCCAUCCCAGGCCCGGGUGACACCAGGGAAGAUGUGAACGAGUGCUCGGAGAACCUGGGUGUGUGCAUCAACGGCGCCUGCAUCAACACCGACGGCUCCUUCCGCUGCGAGUGCCCCUUCGGCUACAACCUGGACUACACCGGGGUCAACUGCGUGGAUACGGAUGAGUGCUCCAUUGGCAAUCCCUGUGGGAAUGGCACCUGCACCAACGUGGUGGGAGGCUUCGAGUGCGCCUGCGACGAGGGCUUUGAGCCAGGGCCCAUGAUGACGUGUGAAGACAUCAACGAGUGCUCCCUGAACCCCCUGCUCUGCGCCUUCCGCUGCAUCAACACCUUCGGCUCCUACGAGUGCACCUGCCCCUCUGGGUACGCCCUGCGGGAGGACAGGAGGAUGUGCAGAGAUCUGGACGAGUGUGCAGAGGGGCUGCACGACUGCGAGUCCCGGGGGAUGCUCUGCAAGAACCUCAUCGGCACCUUCAUGUGCAUCUGCCCUCCUGGCAUGCAGCGCAGGCCCGAUGGCGAGGGGUGCACAGAUGAGAACGAGUGCCGGACCAAGCCCGGGAUCUGCCCCAACGGGCGCUGUGUGAACACGGCCGGCAGUUACCGCUGCGACUGCAACGAAGGCUUCGAAGUCAGUCCCUCGGGCACGGAGUGCAUCGACACCCGCCAGGGCUUCUGCUUCACGGAGGUGCUGCAGACCAUGUGCCAGAUGUCCUCCACCAACCGCAACCUGGUCACCAAGUCCGAGUGCUGCUGCAACAGCGGGCGCAGCUGGGGCCCCCAGUGCGAGCUCUGCCCCCUGCCUGGCACUGCCCACUACAAGAAGAUGUGUCCCCACGGCCCCGGGUACUCCACAGAUGGCAGAGACAUCGACGAGUGCAAGGUGCUGCCCAACCUGUGCAGGAACGGGCAGUGCAUCAACAGCAUCGGCUCCUUCCGCUGCCACUGCCGGCUCGGCUACACCCCGGACAUCACGGGCACCGCCUGCCAGGAUCUGGACGAGUGUAACCAGUCCCCAAAGCCCUGCAACUUCAUCUGCAAGAACACCGAGGGCAGCUACCAGUGCUCCUGCCCCCGGGGCUACAUCCUGCAGGAGGAUGGCAAGAUCUGCAAAGACUUGGAUGAGUGUUCUACCAAGCAGCACAACUGCCAGUUCCUCUGUGUCAACGUCAUCGGGGGCUUCAACUGCAAGUGCCCCCCUGGCUUCACCCAGCACCACUCGUCCUGCAUUGACAACAACGAGUGCACGGCUCAGCCCUCCCUGUGUGGAGCCAAGGGGCAGUGCCUGAACACCCCGGGCAGCUACAACUGCGAGUGCCAGAAGGGAUUUUCCCUGGACAGCUCCGGGGUCAACUGCGAAGAUGUGGACGAGUGUGAUGGGAACCACCGGUGCCAGCACGGCUGCCAGAACGUGCUCGGGGGCUACCGCUGUGGCUGCCCCCAGGGCUACGUGCAGCACUACCAGUGGAACCAGUGCGUGGAUGAGAACGAGUGCUCCAGCCCCUCAGCCUGUGGCUCUGCCUCCUGCUACAACACCCUGGGCAGCUUCAAGUGCGUUUGUCCCUCGGGCUUCGACUUCGACCAGGCCUUCGGGGGCUGCCAGGACGUGGACGAGUGCUCGGCCGGGGGCAGCCCCUGCAGCUACGGCUGCUCCAACACGGACGGGGGCUACCUGUGCGGCUGCCCCGGGGGCUACUUCCGAGCAGGACAGGGCCACUGCAUUUCUGGCUUGGGAUUUGGGAAGGGUCCCUACCUGCCUGCGCCCCAGGAGGAGGAUGAGGACAACCUGCUGUCCCCCGAGACCUGCUACGAGUGCAAGAUCAACGGGUACCCCAAGAGGGGCCGGCAGCGGCGCAGCGUCAACGGCACAGAGAGGCACCAGGACCACGCCGUGAACUUGGCCAGCAUGGACGUGGACGCGCCGCUGUCCAUGACCCUGAACCUGUCGGAGCUGGCCCACAAGGAGCACAUCCUGGAGCUGCUGCCGGCCGUGGAGCCGCUGGAGAACCGCGUGCGUUACACCAUCUCCCAGGGCAACGAGGAGGGGCUGUUCCGCAUCCACCACAAGGAGGGGCUCAGCUUCCUGCACCUGGGCCGCAAGAAAAUCCUGCCGGGCACCUACCUGCUGGAGAUCGUGAGCGUGGCGCUGCCCCGCCGGCGGGAACUGCACAAACUCGAGGCCAACAACCACCUCGACUACUUGGCGGGGGAGCUGGGCCAGGCACUGAGGAUGAAGCUGCAGCUCCAGCUCUACUAAAGCCACGAGAGACCCCCCCCAGUCCCACCCGACAGCGCAGCCCUGCCCCUCGCCACCCACCCCGGGAACAACGGGCUCCUCUCCUGCCACCGCCGCCGCCGCCACCGCUGGGACAGCCGUGGGAAAUGUCCUUGUAGGAUCAGCCACCACCAGGACAGCCAUGAGGAAUGUCCCUGUGGGAUCAGCGCCCAGACAUGGGAAAUGGCCUUGUAGGAUCAGCCACCAUCAGGACAGCCAUGGGAAAUGUCCUUAUGGGAUCAGCCACCACCAGGACAGCCAUGGGGAAUGUCCCUGUGGGAUCAGCACCCAGACAUGGGAAAUGGCCUUAUGGGAUCAGCCACCACCAGGACAGCCAUGGGAAAUGUCCCUGUGGGAUCAGCACCUGCCAGGACAGCCAUGGGGAAUGUCCCUGUGGGAUCAGCACCCAGACAUGGGAAAUGUCCCUGUGGGAUCAGCCACCACCAGGACAGCCAUGGGAAAUGUCCUUAUGGGAUCAGCCACCACCAGGACAGCCAUGGGGAAUGUCCCUGUGGGAUCAGCGCCCAGACAUGGGAAAUGUCCCUGUGGGAUCAGCCACCACCAGGACAGCCAUGGGAAAUGUCCUUAUGGGAUCAGCCACCACCAGGACAGCCAUGGGAAAUGUCCUUGUAGGAUCAGACCUGCUGGGACAGCCAUGGGAAAUGUCCCUGUGGGAUCAGCCCCCAGCCAUGGGGAAUGUCCCUGUGGGAUCAGCACCUCUGGGGAUGCUCUGCUCUGGGGUGCCUGAGCUGAGCCCAAAAGGACCAAGCCCGAGCCACAGCUCACAAAGCUCCCAAAAGCCAAAGAUUCCAAGCUCCUGAGCAGGGACUCCCCUCCCUCUGCUCCCACCUCUCCCCCUUAUCCAGGACACUCCGAGCUGGGGAUCUGCCUGUUCUCCAUGGCCACGUCCCGGGGAAGGUGAGGGGGGCUGGGGGCAGCUUUGGGGGAGCUGUGGCUCCGUGUGGUGUCUGUGCAUUUCCUGCUCCUCCUCUGCUCCUGUGGGUUCCUGGUGCUGCAGGAACCAUCCCAUCCCUGGCCUGUUUGAGCUCUGUAUCCCUGUUUCUCCAUGGCAUCUGGGCCUUCGAGGGGAGUCCUCUGGUCUUUUUGGGGACUCCUCUGUCAAACAGAAAAGGCCACCCCUGAGCAAAGGGACAGUUCAGGUUGUCCCCUCCCAUCCCAAAGCCGUGGGCAGGAGGGGAGGCGGGGGCAUCCAGGACUUCCUUGGGCACAGAAUCCUCGACUUGGGGUCACCCUUUCCAUGAUCCCCCAGCCAGGAACAUCUCUGGGAAAGGGGGGCUGGGGGUCCCUCCCCUCUGCUCGUGCCCUGCAGCUCGGUGACCCCAGGGUGACAGCCCCGAUGGACAUUCUGCGGUUAAUGCAGACCAAAGGCCAUGAAAAGAGGGUGGAAAAUCGGGAUGAAGUGGCUGGAGGGCUCCGUGCUGCCCCACAUUCCCUGUGCAGCCCCUUCUGGGGCUUCCCCUCCUCCCUGUCCCAGCUGAUCCCUGCAGGGCCAUUCCCUGGUUUUGUGUGAAUCCUUCGCAGUUCUCCACCAAGCCCGCGCUCAUUCCCGGGAUAAAAAGUGCUGAUUAAUUCCUGGGAUAAAAAGUGCUGAUUCUCGGGAUAGAAGAUGCUCAUUUCUGGGAUAAAAGGUGCUGAAUCCGGGGGAUAAAGAGUGCUGAUUCCCGGGAUGAAAGGUGCUCAUUCCCGAAAUAAAAGGUGCUCAUUCCCAGGAUAAAAAGUGCUUAUUCCCGGGAUGAAAGGUGCUCAUUCCCGGGAUGAAAGAUGCUCAUUCCCAGAAUAAAAGGUGCUUAUUCCCAGGAUAAAAGGUGCUCAUUCCCAGGAUAAAAAAAAUGCUCAUUCCCGGGAUAAAAGAUGCUCAUUCCUGGAAUAAAAGGUGCUUAUUCCUGGGAUAAAAGAUGCUCAUUCCCAGGAUAAAAAGUGCUUAUUCCCGGGAUGAAAGGUGCUCAUUCCUGGAAUAAAAGGUGCUUAUUCCUGGGAUAAAAGAUGCUCAUUCCCAGGAUAAAAAAAAAUGCUCAUUCCCGGGAUGAAAGGUGCUCAUUCCUGGAAUAAAAGGUGCUCAUUCCCGGGAUAACAGAUGCUCAUUCCCACGGAACUGCCUCAUCCCCAGGCCCGAGGUGCUCGCAGCUCCUGGGAGCUGGUGCUGGUUCCUGGCCAGCGUUCUGCACUGUGUCCAUCCACCCUCCCAUAUUUAUGGAAAACCACCAAAGGAAUGCUCGCUCGGUCCUGUCAGGAGUGCAUUCUCCUGUAGCUUUAUAUUUUUUUUUUUUUUGGAGGGGUGGGAAUUUCUCCUGGUUCGAGGUGGGGGAUGUGUGUGUUUACUGUAUCGGGGCUCCAGGCAAACUUGAAAACUCUUCAAAGCAGCUCCAGACUCUGGAUUUUACAAGAGUCCCAGAGCUCGUGACAGGAUGGGUGGCCUGAUGUUUGGGAUUUUUUUUUUUUUUUUUUUUUGGUUGGUUGGUUUUUUUUAAUUAUUAUUUUUGGUUUGUUUUUUCCAACAGGUGCUUUUUUAAAAAAAAAAAAAAAAAACCAAAAUCCAAAAAGUAUUAAUAAUAAUAAUAAAUUAGCAGAGCUGGGUUUGUGUGCGUGUGUUGAGCCAAAGUCUCAAAGAUCAAGGUUUCCUCUCCUCCUCUCUGGUGUGGUGUUUUGGUUUGUUUUUUUGGUUUUUUUUUUUUUUUUUUUGGUUGGUUUAUUUUUUUUUAAAUUUGUUUUAUAUUGACAUUUCUUGCUGGUUGGUUUUUUUGGGGGGAAGUGUUGAAACCCCAAACCUGUGCCCCUUGUCCCGCACAGAGAGGUGGCUCUUUGUGGAAUUCCUUUUUUUUUGUAUCAGAAACAACGGCAACAAUAAAAUUAUUUUGGGUUAA